CCUCAUUUUCCCAGCCAGAAUUUCCAAAGGGAUCAGCACUAUUUCAGAAGGCCUGCAUUGGCUGCCAUGAUAUGGGAGGAAACAUCCUCCAACCAGGUGCCACUCUUUUUAUGAAAGAUCUUCAAAGGAAUGGAUUGGUAACAGAAGAGGAGAUAAACAACAUUACAUAUUAUGGCAAAGGAAGAAUGCCAGGUUUUGGGGAGAAAUGCACACCAAGAGGGCAAUGCACAUUCGGGCCUCGGCUUGAAGAGGAAGAGAUCAAGCAGCUUGCUGAGUUUGUGAAAUUACAAGCUGAAAGAGGGUGGCCAAAUGUUGAAACCUAUGGAGAUUGACACCUUCAAUGGAGAACUAACCACAGCUUUUAGAUAAGUAGCCAAAGGAGAUCAUUAGUGUAAUUUGAAUGAAGUGAUAUAGUGAAUACUGUUGUGGAAUUGUUAUAUUGACUACCUGCAAAGAAGCUAGUAAGUAAAUUCUGCAUGCUUAUCUAUCUGCUUGUGAAUCACUAUAAAACACUCUAUUGGAUUCAAUA